AAUCUGAAUACUAGUAGAGACUCCAAAACAAUCUCAAUAGUGGCUAGCCUUACGGAUCUCAAGUUAGAAGAAUCUCAGCAAAAUGAAACUAUAUUGGCCAAAGACCAAGGCAUUACAUGUAAAAGAAAUUUUUCAGAGCAUAAAACUAAUGAACAAAUAGCCGAAGGCAAUCUCGAGAUUAAAAUAAAGGCAUUAGUCAAAAGUGAGUAUAGCACUACAGACUAUGAACUCGAAGAGAAAAUUGCUGAAGGGGCAUUUAACAAUAAAGAACUAGAAGCCAAAAAGCUUAUUAGGCAAAGAGGAAAGAAAACCCAAAGUUAA